AAGCCUGCCAGUCCCCGCCCCUUCCAGGACCUGGAGUGUGGCCGAGGAGGUUGCCCGGGGACCAAGGGACAGACCUCGGGGAAGACAGACAGACAGGCACUGGGGGUGCGCGAUGGCCGCGCCUGCAGAGCCCUGCCUGGGACAGGCGGUCUGGAACUGGACAGAGCCCGAGCCCACUGCUGCACAUCUGCUGAAUGUGUGCUUCCUGAAAACAGCAGGAGUCUGGAUGCCCCCGAUGUACCUCUGGGUCCUUGGCCCCAUCUACCUCCUCUACAUCCACCGCCGUGGCAAGGGCUACCUCCGGAUGUCCCCCCUCUUCAAGGCCAAAAUGGUGCUUGGGCUCGCCCUCAUAAUCCUGUGCACCUCCAGCGUGUCUGUGGCUCUUUGGAGAAUCCAGCGGGGCAUGCCCCAGGCCCCGGAAAUCCUCAUCCAUCCUACCGUGUGGCUCACCACGAUGAGCUUUGCCAUGUUCCUGAUCCACACGGAGAGGAAGAAGGGUGUCCGGGCGUCGGGGGUGCUGUUUGGAUACUGGAUGCUCUGCUUUCUCUUGCCGAUUACCAGCACUGCCCAGCUGACCUUGCAAGGGGACUUCCGGAGUGACCCCUUCUCUCACCUGGCGACCUACUUGUGUUUGUCUCUGGUGGCGGCACAGUUCGUGCUGUCCUGCCUCGUUGAUCAACCUCCCUUCUUCCCUAAAGACCCCCAGCAGUCUAAUCCGUGUCCAAAGGCUGAAGCUUCCUUCCUCUCCAGGGCCAUGUUCUGGUGGGUUUCUGGGCUGGUCUGGAGAGGCUACAGGAGGCUGCUGGGGCCAGAAGAUCUCUGGUCACUUGGGCGUGAAAACUCCUCUGAAGAGCUUGUUUCCCAACUCCAAAGGGAAUGGACAAGGACCCGCAGCGCGGCUCAGCGGCACACCAAGGCGAGAGACGCUAAAAGGAAAGGAAGCCGUGACGUAGAAGCCCCAGAGAUGGAAGCCUUGCUGCAGCAAGAAGGGAGCCAGAGAGGUCCACUGCUGAGAGCCAUCUGGCAGGUGUCCCGCUCCACCUUCCUCCUGGCGACCUUUAACCUUGUCAUCUGUACUGUCUUCAGGUUUGCUGUCCCCAAGCUCUUCAGCCUUUUUCUGGAGUUUAUCGGAAAUCCCACAAUCCCGGCCUGGAAGGGGUAUGUCCUCGCGGUGCUCCUGUUCCUCUCCGCCUCCCUGCAAUCGCUGUUGGAGCAGCACUACAUGUACAAGCUCAAGGUGCUGCAGAUGAGGCUGCGAACGGCCAUCACGGGCCUGGUGUACAGAAAGGUCCUGGUCCUGUCCAGCGCUUCCAGAAAGGCCAGCGCAGUGGGUGACGUGGUCAACCUGGUUUCCGUGGAUGUGCAGCGGCUGACUGAGUGUAUCAUCUACCUUAACGGGCUGUGGCUGCCAGUCAUCUGGAUGAUUAUCUGCUUUGUCUAUCUCUGGCAGCUUCUAGGACCGUCUGCUCUCACUGCCAUCGCCGUCUUCAUGAGCCUCCUCCCUCUGAAUUUCUUCAUCACCAAGAAGAGGAAACAGCAUCAGGAAGAGCACAUGAGGCAGAAGGAUUCCCGGGUGCGGCUCACCAGCUGCAUCAUCAGGAAUAUGAAGAUGGUCAAGUCCCACGGCUGGGAGGAAGCCUUUCUGGAAAGAGUCCUGCAUAUCCGGGGCCAGGAGCUGGGCGCCAUGAGGACCUCCAGCCUCCUCUUCUCUGUGUCCCUGGUGUCCUUCCAAGUGUCCACGUUUCUGGUCGCACUGGUUGUGUUUGCUGUCCAUACGCUGGUGGCCGAGGAGAACGCCAUGGACGCUGAGAAAGCCUUUGUGACCCUCACGGUCCUCAGCAUCCUCAACAAGGCUCAGGUUUUCAUGCCCUUCUCCAUCAACUCUGUGGUCCAGGCCCGAGUGUCCUUUGACCGUCUGGCCGCCUUCCUCUGCCUGGAAGAACUGGACCUCAGGGCUGUGGACUUAAGUCCUUCCAGAUGCUCUGCUGGGGAGACCUGCAUCCGCGUGCACGACGGCACCUUCGCCUGGUCCCGGGAAGGCACGCCCUGCCUGCGCAGGAUAAACCUCACUGUGCCCCAGGGCCGGCUGCUGGCUGUCGUAGGUGCCGUGGGGUCAGGGAAGUCCUCCCUGCUCUCUGCCCUCCUUGGGGAGCUGUCAAAGGUGGAGGGAUCUGUGAGCAUCAAGGGUUCCGUGGCUUACGUGCCCCAGGAGGCCUGGGUCCAGAACACGUCCGUGGUAGAGAACGUGUGCUUCAGGCAGAAGCUGGACCCGCUGUGGCUGGAGACAGUUCUGGAGGCCUGUGCCCUGUGGCCAGACGUGAGCGGCUUCCCUGCAGGGGUCCACACCAAAAUUGGGGAGCAGGGCAUGAAUCUGUCUGGGGGCCAGAAGCAGCGGCUGAGCCUGGCCCGGGCCGUGUACAGCAAGGCCGCUGUGUACCUGCUGGAUGACCCCCUGGUGGCCCUGGAUGCCCACGUUGGCCAGAGCGUCUUUAACCAGGUCAUCGGGCCCGGCGGGCUGCUCCACGGAACGACACGGAUUCUCGUGACCCAUGCGCUCCAUGUUCUGCCCCAAGCUGAUUGGAUCGUGGUGCUGGAAGAUGGAGCCAUUGCAGAGAUGGGUCGCUACCAGGAGCUUCUGCACAGGAAGGGGGCCCUGGUGGGUCUUCUGGAUGCAGCCAGACAGCCAGGAGACAGAGGAGAUGGAGAAACAGAACUCAUGACCAAUGCAGAGGACCCCAGAGGCCCUGCUGGAAGCGAGCAGCCUGUAGGUGGACCCGAGAGGUCCGUGAAGUUAGUCCCUGAGAAGGACGGGACCACUUCAGAGGCCCAGACAGGGGCUCCCCUAGCUGGUCCCGAGUGGGCAGGACGGCCAGCAGGAGAGGACGGCACGCAGAAUGGCAGGGUGAAGGCCACCAUGUACCUGAGCUACUUCCAGGCUGUGGGUGUUCCCCUCUGUGUCUACGCUCUCUUCCUCUUCCUCUGCCAGCAAGUGGCCUCCUUUUGUCACGGUUACUGGCUGAGCCUGUGGGCGGACGAUCCCACCGUGGACGGGCGGCAGACGCAGGCAGCUUUGCGGGGCUCGAUCUUCGGGAUCCUGGGCUGCCUUCAAGCCGUUGGGCUGUUUGCCUCCAUGGCCAUGGUGCUCCUAGGGGGGAUCCGGGCAUCCAGCCUGCUUUUCCAGAGACUUCUGUGGGAUGUGAUGCGGUCUCCCAUCGGCUUCUUUGAGCGGACCCCCAUCGGGAACCUACUGAAUCGCUUCUCCAAAGAGACAGACAUAGUUGAUGUGGACAUCCCAGACAAACUCCGGUCCUUGCUGAUUUAUGUCUUUGGACUCCUGGAGGUCAGCCUGGUGGUGACAGUGGCCACCCCUCUGGCUAUGGUGGCCAUCCUGCCGCUGCUGGUCUUCUAUGCUGGGUUUCAGAGCCUAUAUGUGGCCAGCAUAUGCCAGCUCCGACGCCUGGAGUCAGCCAGGCACUCGUUCGUGUGCUCCCACGUGGCCGAGACGUUCCAGGGCAGCGUAGUGGUCAGAGCCUUCCAGGCCCAGUGCCGUUUUGUGGCUCAGAAUGACACACACGUGGAUGAAAGCCAGAGAGUCAAUUUCCCACGGCUGGUGGCUGACAGGUGGCUGGCUGCCAACCUGGAGCUGCUGGGGAACAUGCUGGUGCUGGCGGCCGCCAUGUGUGCUGUGCUGAGCAAGGCCCACCUUAGCGCCGGCCUCGUGGGCUUCUCGGUCUCUGCUGCCCUGCAGGUGACCCAGACACUGCAGUGGGCUGUUCGCAGCUGGACAGACCUGGCGAGCAGCGUCGUGUCGGUGGAGCGGAUGAAGGACUAUGUCCAGACGCCCAAGGAGGCGCCUUGGAGGCUGCCCGCCUGCGCAGCCCGGUCCCCCUGGCCUCACGGGGGACAGGUGGAGUUCCGGGACUUCGGACUGAGACACCACCCCGAGCUCCCGCUGGCAGUCCGGGGCGUGUCCUUCAAGAUCCACGCUGGAGAGAAGGUGGGCAUCGUUGGCAGGACGGGGGCCGGGAAGUCCUCCCUGGCCGGGGGCCUCCUGCGGCUUCUGGAGGCGGCCGAGGGGGGGAUUUGGAUCGACGGGGUCCCCAUCGCACACGUGGGGCUGCACACGCUGCGCUCCAGAAUCACCAUCAUCCCCCAGGACCCCACGCUGUUCCCCGGCUCUCUGCGGAUGAACCUCGACAUGCUGGACGAGCACACGGAUGAAGCCAUCUGGGAAGCCUUGGAGAUGGUGCAGCUCAGACCCUUGGUGGCCAGCCUGCCCGGGCAGCUGCAGUAUGAGUGCACCGACCAAGGUUCCGACCUGAGCGUGGGCCAGAAGCAGCUCCUGUGUCUGGCGCGGGCCCUGCUCCGGAAAACCCAGAUCCUUAUCCUGGAUGAGGCCACAGCCGCCGUGGACCCGGGGACAGAGCUCCAGAUGCAGGCUGCCCUUGGGAGCUGGCUUGCUCAGUGCACGGUGCUGCUCAUCGCCCACCGCCUGCGCUCUGUGCUGGACUGCGCCAGGGUGCUGGUCAUGGACAAGGGGCAGGUGGCAGAGAGCGGCAGCCCUGCCCAGCUGCUGGCCCAGAAGGGCCUGUUUUACAGGCUGGCACAGGAGUCAGGCCUAGUGUGAACCCUCAGCCCUCGCCUCGUCGUACCAACCCAGAGAGGCUGCCGUGCUCUGGGGGUGCAAGGGACCUGGGGUCAUCGCUGGUGCCGCCGCGUUGGGCCUAGACCCCACUGUUCUCUGGGAGGAACCGGCAGAGAAAGUGGCUAAUCGCCACAUACCCAGGAGGACACGGCAACGCCCAGGUUGGCCUGGUGCGGGCUCGUCCAGCCCUGUCCACCCUGGAGCUGAAGUCAACGGUGGAUCUCCGCGCUGGCUGCCCACCGGCCUCGCCUGAGGAACUCAGACACCUGCCCCAGCCUGGGCUCCACUGCACACCGUUCAAGUCCACAUCCCUGGAGCUGGGAUGACGGAGCAUGUACCUCUUACAAAUUACCCCCUAUAUUCUGAGAUGGUUCCAGACUGACAAGUAAUUAUAAGAAAUAAUCUAGAAAGUUCCUGUGUAGUUUUACUAGUUCCCCCAAUAAUAACAUCUUGAAAAACAGUA